AUGAGCUUGAUCGUCACCUCCAAGAGGUGUCUGAUCCAGACAGUUAGCGAUAUGACCAGUACCUCACAGCCGAAGAACAUUGGUUUCGCAAACUACCUCGAUGAAAUCCCCAUCCGGCCCGACGCUGAAGUCUUUCUCAAAAAAUUCCGCCCAGAAGCCAUUUCGCAAGCCUCCGCCUUUACCCAGAUAUCCGUUGCUGGCGGCCCCGUCCAAGAUGGCCCGCUCACAGCCAACCAAACGCGCGACAAGAAAAGCUUCAAGGCAAACCUCAACAUCCAAACUAUUAGCGGCUUCGUCUGGGAGAUGCCCAUCACGUCCUAUUCCACCGGCGGCCGCCCGCCAUUUAUACCCGAAUCCCCCGGCCAGGCAAACAACAACGAGCCGUAUCUCGUUUGGCUCGACUACCUGGUACAGCAACAAGACAUUCCAAAGGUGAUCAGCACGUCCUACGGCGAGCCCGAGCAAUCCGUACCGCGCGCGUAUGCCGAGCGCGUCUGCCGCCAAUUCGCACAAGUCGGGGCGCGCGGUACGUCGCUAUUUUUCCCGUCUGGCAACUCGGACGUCGGCAGGGAUAGCAAGUGCUUCACCAACGAUGGCAACAAUACGUAUCAGUUUAUGCUGACUUUCCCGGGCGGGUAUCCGUAUGUGACGAGCGUGAGUGCGACGAUGGGCUUUGCGCCCGAGGAGGUCGCGUAUCUCCCGCCGUCGAACGCGUCGCUUGGGAAUUAUUUCGCGCCGGGGGGCGGGUUUGGUAACUAUUUUGCGCGGCCGGCGUGGCAGGAGGGUGUUGUACCGAAGUAUGUCGAGGCACUGGGGGAGAAGUAUAAGGGGUUGUAUAAUGCUAGUGGACGCGGGUGUCCAGACAUCGCGGCGCAGGGGGUGAAUUUUGCGUUCUUUUGGAACGGGACUGAAGGUGUGACGUCGGGGACGUCAGCGGCGACACCGCUUGCUGCGAGUGUGUUUGUGCUCGUGAACGAUGCGUUGAUAGCGGCUGGGAGACCUACGCUGGGAUUCUUGUACCCGUGGUUGUAUAAGAAGGGAUACAAGGUCCUUAACGAUAUAACCAAAGGUACCAAUCGAGGUUGUAAUACCGAAGGCUUUGCGGCAGGUGAAGGCUGGGAUCCACGAGCGAUCAAGGAUGUUCACUCGUGGGGUCAGAAGACCAUGAGAUGUUUUGGUGAGAUCUUGACAAAAGGUGACCGCUCGCUUGUGAAUACCGUCACCGUGGCAUUUAACUGGUUCACAUUGACGCUCCUCUAUAUUUCCAUUCGGGACAGCUACUGGGACAGCUGUCACAAGACCCAAGAACGCAGCACAAACAACGAGGAACUUCAUUGUAAAAAUUGA